AUGGAGAACGAAGAUUCCAAAUCCCAGAAGAAAGAUGUUUGCAUUCCCCCAAAGAGAGGUCAGAUCAAACGAAGGAUCUACUGGGUUACUCAGGUCUACCGUGACACAGUACUAGCCCCUAACUACGUGAGAGUGGAAAGAGCUAAGAUGGUUACACAUGACCAAUCAACUAUUGCAAGUGCCUACGGAAACCAGCUUCGUUCGCCGACUUCGACUCCAUCCUCUGCUUGUCCUUCCCAUUCUUCCACCUCUUUCCCGAAGCAAACCCUAGAUUUCCCGAUUCGAAGCCCCAAAUUGUCCCACAAAGCCAACUUCCUUCCCCCUAUUUGUGCCGUUGCCGUACCAGAGAAAGUAGAGAAGAUUGGAAACGAGCUCAAAAACCUAACCCUAGAAGAAGCUCGCAGCCUCGUUGACUGGUUACAGGAAGAGCUCGGUGUCUCCGCUGCUGCCUUCGCACCGGCGGCUGUUGCCGUAGCGCCUGGUGCCGUUGCCGAUGCGGGACCAGCCGUCGUUGAGGAGCAAACGGAGUUCGAUGUUCUUAUCGAGGAAGUGCCGAGUAACGCGAGGAUUGCAACGAUUAAGGCCGUGAGAGCACUUACGAAUCUGGCGUUGAAGGAAGCGAAGGAGUUGAUUGAAGGAUUACCGAAGAAAUUCAAGGAGGGAACCUCAGAGGAAGGGGGGUGUCGAUCUUCGAAUGAACAUGAUAAAUUUUCAUAGAUUUUUAAGUUGGUGUGUCGGUCGAUCGUGGAAUUGUGCCCCUUUUUUGUUUCGAGAAACAAGCGAAACAAGUAAAACUUGUUUCGUCAUUCAUGUUUCUUG